AUGCUUGCUGCAACGAACAACUACGACUUCGCCUUCGAGGCGAACAUCACGAGCGGGGUGCUCGAUGCGGAUGGCAAGUUUAUUGAUACGUCGAUAGAGGACAACUACUCGCGUAACAUCACUAGAUGCUGCCAGAAGUUCAUCAGAGUUCUGUUCUCAGUGCUGGGCACACUGAUCCUCCUCUGCCUGUACCUGGGCGUCGGAGCGUGGAUGUUCCAGUACCUGGAAAAGAGCAACGAAGCAAAUGCCUGCUACGACACCUACAAGCUCUACCUCGACCGACUGAACAACUCUAUGAUUCGGGCCACGGGAAUUGUGAACUCGGGCCUGCCUGAGCAGGAGGUCAGUGCUCAGCUGCAAACCGCCAUGACGGAUUUUGCGGACAGCCUGUUCGCGCUCGAUUUUGCACCCAGCACGAACUGCUCUGUCAUCCACACUACGACCUUUGGAUCAGAAUGGAACUGGGUCAAUUCGUUGUACUUCUGUGCGACAGUACUUUCCACCAUCGGUGAGCUGGCAUAUCUGCCAUAUCGAUAA